AUACACUUAAUGCAUAGUAGUGAACUACCACCUAAAUUAACUAGACGGUGAAGAUUCUAAAAUAUGUUAUUUGUAAAACUAAGGUGCUUUAUCCAUCCAUUGAGAUAUUUGCCAACAGAUUGUAUGGCACAAUCAUCGAUCUCUCUAUCAGCCAGAUGAUCUAAAUAUAUGGCAACUCCCGCGAUAUGAUAUGAAUAUGUGCCAAAAGCGAUCAAAAAAACAGAAGAGCAGACGUUUGCCCUCCACGAGACCAGCCUAAUGUUAAUACAAAAAUACAAUAAAAUAAACAAUAAACAAAUACGAUCGAAGAAGAAAUUGUUUUAAACGUGCGUAUUGUGCUUGUGUGAUAAAAAGUAUUUGUUUACGCUUAAGCUCUAGACGGUAAAGCAAAAUAAUUAGCGAAGAAGUAAAACAAAAGGCAACAGCCCUUCGUGUGUGAUUUUUCGCCCCCGAUAGCGCGAAAGAGGUGAAAAAGCCGCGAGAAAAGCGCUCAAGUCAUAAAUAUCGGGGCUAAUCAGAUGGCCAGAGGGUCAGGGCGCUAAUUAGGAGUGCUAUAUAACUGUAAGCGGAUCGGAUCGGUUCGGAUCGAAAAAACAUAAGUACGGCGGAAGCAACGCAAUAUGUUGGGGCGACAUCGUUGCCGGUACAAAAAGCUAAAGAGGAAAAACGAAAAAUAGAGUUCAGAACAGUUUUGAAGUCCCAGCUUGGCAACAUGCCGUCCAGCAACAUGUUGCUGGGCCUUAGCCUCAUGUUGUUGGCGAUAUAUGCACCUAGUGUCGAAUCAAAAUCGGAGCACGAAUGCACCAGCAUCGACAUCCGCAACGAGUGCCGGAAGAUGCAUCUGCUGGACAACUGCACCGUGGUCACCGGCUACGUGAUGAUCACAUUGAUCACCAGCGAACAGCACUGCAACUUCUCGGACUACAGCUUCCCACUCCUCACCGAGAUCACCGAGUUCAUGAUCUUCACCGAGGUGCGGGGCCUGGUUAACAUCACGAAGAUGUUCCCCAACCUGACCGUCAUCCGGGGACGGCGCCUGUUCCUCAACUAUGCCCUCGGCGUGACCAGCAUGUACGACCUCCAACAGUUGGCCUUCCCCCAAUUGGUGGCCAUACAACGCGGCCAAGUCUACAUCGGGAACUGCCCGAAGCUCUGCAACAUCGACCGGGUUAAUUGGGAUCUGCUCACCCUCAGCAGAGGCGAAAACCACAUCAUAAUGGCUGCCAAGAACUGCAGCACUCCCGUGUGCAAGGGAUGUUCUUCCUCCUACUGCUGGUCAAACAUUUACUGCCAGCGAUCCCUAAACGAAAAUGUUGUUAACCCGAAGGCCAACAUUAACACCUGUCAUGAGGAGUGUUUGGGCGGCUGCGAGAAUAACUCCACAUCCGCUGCUGACUGCGCAGUCUGCCGAGGACUCAGCGACGCCGGAGUUUGUGUGAAAAGCUGUCCGAAGAACAAGUACGUGCUGGAGCAUUUCCAGCGGUGUUACACCAAGGAUGAGUGUGUGAAUAAGCAUGGCUUCGUUAUCUCGGGGUCGCAGUGCGUAGCCUUCUGUCCCAGUGGCUACAAGAAGGACAACCAGUCCGAGUGUGUGCCGUGUGCCCGGGAUGAGGCUUGUGUUAGCUUUUGCACUCCAGAGUAUCCUGGGAAUACCUUCACCAUUUACAACCUGGCCGAUGCCGAGAAGUUGCGUGGCUGCCAGAUCUUCAACGGCAGCCUGGUCAUCACAAUUCGCAACAAGGUGAACGAGACGCUGCUUAGUCAGAGCUUCACCAGCAUUCGCGAGAUUCGGGGCCAUCUCAAAGUCUUUCGCUCGUCCCAGCUGAGAAGCUUGAAUUUCCUCAGCAAUCUGGAGCGUGUGUACGGUGAUCCGUUAGAGAAUCGUCACCACUCAUUCAUACUCUAUGACAACAAGCAGCUGGCCGAGCUGUGGAAGCCCUCGCCGCACCUGGAGUUCAUGGAGGGCGGCAUGUUCAUGCAUCGCAACAACAAGCUGUGCAACAGAAGGAUGCGCGAGUUCCAGAACAGUGUGACCCACCACAGGGCCCUGGACUCCCUGCAGACCAACGACCAGGAGGUGCAGUGCAGUCCCUCAAAGCUGCAGCUGUUUGUGCUGAAACGAACCCAUCGGACUGUGAAGCUAAGCUGGCUGAAGAGCCAGACAAGCCAGAGGCUUGAACUGAUCCACCGACCAUUGAUGCCGGGAAAGCUGUACCACGAGGAGAGCGAACUGGAGGCGCCGGUGUGCACACGCAUAAACUGGAGGCGCCGGCUGCUCUUCCCCGACAAUCUGAUCGAGAAUGGCACCCACUAUCUGCUCGAGUUGGACGAUCUGCAACCGAACACACGAUACGCCUGCCUGCUGCGAACUUUCGGCGAUGACGUGGCUCAGGAUGCGCGUAGUGAACUGACCUACGUGCAGACGGAGCGGGACAUUCCGCAGCCACCGCUGCUGGAGCUGGCCAGGAAGACGGAUAGUUCGCUGAGUGUGCGGAUGGCCAGUCGCGACCACGACAGCUUCCUGCUGACGGUCUUCGAACUGGCCGACGAUCGGGCGUAUAUCGAUCAGCGGAACUACUGCCACGAGCCGGCGUACAUGUGGCAGGACACGGUCGGCGCCCAGUGGCUGGCCUUCGAGGACUACGACGACUGCUGUGCCGCGCGGGCGGAGCAACUGGACGACUCUCGCUUCGUAGCGGACAUGCGGGAGCAGUACCGCUGCACGCUGGACGAUCGCAAACAGUGCCGCAGACAGGCGCUGGCGGAGGCUACGCUGCCGCAGCUCCGGCUGCCCGGAAACACCACGGAGUAUGAGCUCAAAUCGCUGCAUCGCUAUCGCCAAUAUGACCUCCGGCUGCAGGCCUGCAACCAACUGGGCUGCAGCAGUCACACAACGCUCUAUGCGCGCACAAACUACACCAUGGGCGCUGAUCUGCUCGCCCAGCUGAAUGCCUGCCACGUUCCGGAGACGCAAAAGUACAUCCUCCGCUUCCAAGAGCCCCAGAAUCCCAACGGUUUGGUGACCAACUUUGUGGUCCAUUAUCGCAACAACUUCAGCCAGAGCCACGUCGGCUGUGUCACCAGGCAGCAGCACAAGAGUGCCGGCAAUGUGUUUGUCCAGCAGAUAAAUAUCACCUUCACCCAGUGCGCUGUGCGAGUUCAUUCCCUGGCCGGGGAUGCGAUGACGCCCUACAUCGCCAUUGGCCAUUGCAGCGAGGAGGAGCAACGGCUGGUGGCCCACAGCCGGGCGGCCAAGGAACUGGCCCCGGAAAUCUCAGAGGUGCCCGCGACAACGUCGCACGCCCGCGGCAUUAGCAUAUUCCUGAUUUGCUUCCUAUCCGGCUGCAGUGCAUCGCUAGUUUGGGUGCUCUACAAGCGACGCUGCUGGCGGAAAUUGCCCGGACUGCGGCGCUAUGUGCCCGUGCGGGAGCAAUGGCUGCGGGACCGGCAGCAGACCGAGGAUCGCGAAAUCCUUGUCGACGGCUUCGAGACGGUUCGUUUCCAGAACAACAACAACAGCAGCAGCAGCAGCCGGGCGGACGAUUAUACCAUGUAAACGAUAAUAUAUGUAUAUGAACUUA